AUGAAGGAAGCAGAAAGUCUCGAAAAGCUCCGACCGUUGGGGAAACUUGAACAACUUUCGGGCGCCUGCCACCACUUAGGCUUCUAUCAUAAUGUUGGGUUGUCAGCUCGAUAUUCCGCACCGACGACAACUCAGAUUCAAAAUCUACGUAACUUGAUUUUUGUCGCACUGCAAGACGUCAUUCGUCAACAUGGCAUCCUCUCCGCUAUACCAGUCAAGGAGCACUCUCCCGAGGCAUAUUUUGCACGUCUACCUUCAAUCGAUCUCACUCGAAGUGUUACUUUCAUCACUCGUUCAAAGCCGGAGACUGUUGACGGGCAAGACUCUGAGCUUGAUGCGAUACUGGAGGAACAGCACAACCUCAACUUCAAAGACAACUACGGCAGCCUUCCUUUCUGGCGACUUCUGAUCCUACAAGAAGCUGGCCGAGAAGACCGCUUCUCAGCCUCGUUCAUUUUCCACCACUCUAUUGGUGAUGGUAUGGCGGGUUUAAUCUUCCACAAGUAUUUUGAGCGCGCCCUCAGGGCUGCUAGAGCAGCCUCUGAACCAAUCAGUGCAAGCAUCACAACGGUCAAUGUGAAAGACAACAUUGAGCUCCUACCUCCUCUGGAGGAACUACACCCUCUGCCAAUCCAAAACGAGGCGACUCCAGCACCGUCUGCAGAAAAGGCCAAGGAAUGGACAGGAGGUCGCAUCCAGACUCCCUGCGUGACUCGCUACCGGACAUUGUACCUAUCACCCAUCUCUACAAAUGCAUUGAUACAAAAGGGCAAACAGAACGGUCUUUCACUGACCUCUCUUCUCUCUGCUAUCAUUGCUGCAGCUCUUUUCGAUGUUCUUCCUCCACCGAUCGAUGUGCUGACAGGCAUUAUACCAGUAAAUCUGCGCCCCUGGCUUGACUUGCCUCGGGAAUUAGCACACGAUGCAAUGGGAACAUUUAUUGAUGCUUUUCGAGUACAAAUCAAUCAAUCUGAGUUGUACACGGACGGUUCAGCGGAGUUCUCCAUGCUGUCAGUAGCUCAGAAAGUCUCUAAGGAGAUUACGAGACGCCUGAGGGACAACUUAUCUCCGUCAGGAGAACCUUACACAAAUGUCGCGAUUUUCAAGACAGUUCCGGAUGUGGCGCAAGUCUUCAGCUCUGCUAUAGGCAAAGAACGUGAUGCUGGUUUUGAGGUGUCCAAUCUAGGACAAUUUUCAGGCUUUGAUAAGGAGCCGGUCAAGACGAGCUGGCGCGUGGGAAGGAUGACAUUCAGUCGCAGCUCAGUUGUUUCAGGAAGUGCAGUCACCAUGAGUGCUGUUUCUGGAGGGGACAACGCUUUGACUGUGGGAUUCAGUUGGCAAGACAAUGUCGUUGAGGACGGUCUGGUGCGAAAUCUCGUUGUCCGUGUCAAGGAACUUGCAGAACACCUGAGCGGUUGA